GCCACAAGAACAUGUGGCUGGAAAUCGAGCCACCGGAUGACGUGGCAGCGGCCCCCCACUGAGGUUGGAACAGGGGAGGGGAUCAAAAACUCAGACGACAAAGCACUUGUCCAUGCCAAGCGGGCAAACGAGCAUCUGCUGUGCUGCACAACAAGCCUCAAGUUCCACAGAGAGUUAGAGAGAGAGAGAGAGAGAGAGCAAACCCCGGAGAAAGAUUUCUUAGCUUGACUUUGGCGCGGAAGAAAUGCAAGAGACCCAGGACCCCGCCAUCAAGCUCUUCGGUGCCAAGAUCCCCGUCUCCUCCGCCGCAGACGGCGCGGCCCUCGCGGCGGCGAAACCGGAGGAGAGGGAAGAUGGAGGCGGAGGAGGAGGAGGAGGAGGAGGAGAGGAGGAGUACGAUGAAGAUGGGAGGAGGAGGAGGAGAGGAACAAGAAAUUGAAGAUGCGGAGCAGUUUCAGAACGCUUCACCUGAAAAGGCUUCUGAGAAUAUGCAAGAAGAUUGCGAACCGCCUCCAAAUUCUCAGGAACUGGAUCCCUCCAGGACUUCUCCAGAUGCUGUGAACCCUAUGACACCCUCUAUUCAAGAAGAGAGUACGACAUCACAUGUCACUGAGACUGGAGCACAAGAAGAGCAUGGCAUGCCCAAAAAUUCGCAAGACAAAACACUGAAGAAACCAGACAAGAUCAUUCCUUGCCCUCGAUGUAACAGCAUGGACACAAAAUUCUGUUACUACAACAAUUACAAUGUCAAUCAGCCCCGGCACUUCUGCAGAGCCUGUCAAAGGUACUGGACUGCAGGGGGUACUAUGAGGAAUGUUCCUGUGGGAGCUGGACGGCGGAAGAACAAGAACGCUGCCACACGUUAUCGCCCCAUCACCAUCUCCGAGGCUCAAGCAGCCAGAGUUGAUUCCCCAAAUGGGGCUCAACUCCCCCAUUUAAGAACCAAUGGAGCCGUCCUUACCUUUGGUUUGGACUCCCCUGUGUGCAAUUCUCAGUCCCCCAUUCCAAACAUCUCCGAGAAGAAGAAAGUGUUGAAUGGUUACAAAAAUGGGUUUCGGGACAUUGAAAAUGGGGAUGAUAGCUCCACCUCUUCCUCGGUCACAAUAUCGAAUUCCAUGAAUGAGAAAGGCCUAAAUUUCCCACAGGAACAAGGGAUGGGAAAUGUUAAUGGAUUUUCUACGCAGAUACCUUGCCUUCCCGGCGUUCCUUGGCCUUAUCCAUGGAAUUCCACAAUUCCCUCACCUGCCUUUUGCCCUUCAGGAUGUCCACCGAUGUCAUUUUACCCUGCAGCCUUUUGGGCUUGUGGUGUUCUUCCUAAUGCCUGGAACAUUCCUUGUAUGUCACCUCAGUCACCCUUUUGCAACCAAAAGGCCACAACUUCUGGUCCAAAUUCACCGACACUGGGAAAGCAUUCUAGAGAAUCUGAGCCACUUAAAUCAGAUAUUUCACUGGAACAAGCAGAACCCCCAAGACAGAAGAAUGGUAGCAUUUUGGUUCCGAAGACUCUGCGUAUAGAUGAUCCCAGCGAGGCUGCCAAAAGUUCAAUAUGGGCGGCCCUCGGUAUUAAGGCCUUCGAACCAAAGUCCAGAGAAGGCAAAGUUAAAGAUGCUGAGACCUUGCCACAUUUGCAUGCUAAUCCUGCUGCAUUGUCUCGUUCCCUCAAUUUCCAUGAGAACACUUGAAAACGGAGCUCAUGACUGUAUAUUGAGGAAUUGUGUGGUUUUUGAGGAGCAGGAUUCUGUCAAAUUCACUUGAGCAACGAUGGCGGAGCUUUGGGUGUUAUAUUAUUAGCCCACAAAACGGUGUGCUCGUUGCUUAAGACUUAGAACAGAUAGAGAAGAUUCCAUCCGCAGAGCUCUUAAGUGGAUUAGUUUUGUGAUCUUUUUAACCUUGGAAACAUCUGCCUUUGCUGAACGAACUUAGCCUUGCUUUUCUUGUGUUCUGUACAUUGAUAGUGUCUGCAACUUGAAGCUGUGAAUGUAUAGAAGAUAUGGAGAUUUCCGUGACACCAUAACGUCCUGAAUCAUUAUAAAUAAUUUCAGAUUAUUGCUUCUUUUUCCC